AUGGGUGAUCUUGGCCCACCCGUCCACCGGGAGGCCGUCCGGCCCACCCGUCCACCGGGAGGCCGCCCGGCCCACCCGUCCACCGGGAGGCCGCCCGGCCCACCCGUCCACCGGGAGGCCGCCCGGCCCACCCGUCCACCGGGAGGCCGCCCGGCCCACCCGUCCACCGGGAGGCCGCCCGGCCCACCCGUCCACCGGGAGGCCGCCCGGCCCACCCGUCCACCGGGAGGCCGCCCGGCCCACCCGUCCACCGGGAGGCCGCCCGGCCCACCCGUCCACCGGGAGGCCGCCCGGCCCACCCGUCCACCGGGAGGCCGCCCGGCCCACCCGUCCACCGGGAGGCCGCCCGGCCCACCCGUCCACCGGGAGGCCGCCCUCUGCGCAGUACGCUCCUAUUCUUCGUAA